GGACCCCCAACCUCAACAGCAGCAUGAGUGGAGUCAGAGACUCGUCUGCCCCAGCUGGGCAGGGCACAAGGAAAGAGGAGGCAUCUGUAGAGAUACCUGCCCUGCCCUGCCAAACUGCAGGAUUACAGGGAUGGACCUCAACAGUUGAAACUCUGCACCUCCAGAAACUGAAGGUACCCCCCCCCCAUAAGAGGAGGCGCUGUCAGUCGUAAGCGAAGAUCAGUCCAUCUUUGACCCUUCCUUUGGCAGCCCGCACCUCUUGAAGACAGAGCUGCCUUCCGUGGAGGACUAUGGCGGCAAGGAGAGCAUGGGCAUGGAGGAGCCCCAGUGGCCCACUCAGACAAACAACAGGGGCCAUGUGGUGAAGCAGGAGAACGAGCAGGUCAACUGCUCCAGCAGCAGGCAAUCGCCUGUGGACUGUAGCGUGAGCCGCAGGAGCAAAGGCGGAGGAGCCGCGGACCCAUCCCAGGUAUCUUACCCAUCUGGAUACAACAACCAGCGGAGCAGCCCCCCUGCCAAUCCCCCCAGCGAGGAGAAGAGAGUCAUUGUCCCAGCAGACCCCGGCGUGUGGAACCACGACCAUGUCCGUCAGUGGCUGGACUGGGCGGUGAAGGAGUACGGCCUUCUCGACGUCGACACGAGCCUCUUCCAACAUGUGGACGGCAAAGAGCUGUGCAAGCUUGGCAAAGAAGGCUUCCUCCGGCUCACCACGCCGUACAAUGCUGACGUGCUGCUGUCUCACCUCUCUUACCUGCGCCAAAGCAGCCCCACCUUUUCCUACCCUCCUGCGCCAGUAAUUACCCAGCAGCCCCCACCCAGGGCCCAAGUCAAGUCUGAGCCUUCCUACGACGAAAUCCGACGGAGCAACUGGGGCAGCAACCCUCCUGGUGCGACUCCCAAAGGUUCCCCACCACAGAUCCAGAGUGUGGGCCGGACUCCUGAGUCGACACGUGUUGCUCCAGAUCCAUACCAAGUCCUGGGACCCACAAGCAGCCGCUUAGCGAACCCAGGCAGCGGGCAGAUCCAGCUGUGGCAAUUCCUCCUGGAGCUGCUGUCCGACAGCAACAACGCCAACUGCAUCACCUGGGAGGGGACGAACGGCGAGUUCAAGAUGACCGACCCCGACGAGGUGGCCCGGAGGUGGGGCGAGCGCAAGAGCAAGCCCAACAUGAACUACGACAAGCUCAGCCGGGCACUGCGCUACUACUACGACAAGAACAUCAUGACCAAAGUCCACGGCAAGCGCUACGCCUACAAGUUCGACUUCCAGGGCAUCAACCAGGCCCAGCAGGGUCAGCCGGGGGAACCCGCCCUCUACAAGUACCACGCAGCGGACUUGCCGUACCUGCCCCCUUACCACCAGCAGAAGGUGGGGUUCAGCCUGGGCCACGCGACGCAGAUGCCCACCUCCUCUUCCACUGGCUUCUUUGGGGCGCCCACUCCCUACUGGAAUUCCAGCGGGGGGAACCUCUACCAGAGCCCCGCCGUGCCUAGGCAGGCUGGUAGCCACUUGAGUUCUUUUUACUAGCCCGCCCCCCCCCCGAUCGCUCCAAGGGGGUGUGGAGCGGCCUGAACUUGAAUGGGCUGGCAGAUCUCGGUUUGGAGCAUUACAGUCACACACCCGGGACUGUGACGCACCCGAUCCGUCGUGGAUCGAGGGGGUGGAGGGGAAUACCCCGCCACCAGGGGGCAGCCUUCUCCUCUCCUCCGCCACUCGGAAGCGCCCAACUGAGUCGAUUCCUAAACCUCUGGACUGAAGGACUCAACUGGACGUCUUUCCCCCCCUGCUGCAGAUGUGUGUUUAUUGGGGUGGGUGGGUCUUCGUAGAAGCUGCUGAGCGGGUCAGGGAUGGGUCCCGUUUGGGAUAGCAGCGUGCCAAGAGGGAGGGUUUAACUCUGCCCCACUGCGCGACGGUCCUGACGAAAAUCCCCCCCCCCCAAAAAAAACCCCGCCGCGAAAGCUAUUUGCCACAGGAAGAAAACUGCCACUGUGGUCUUAAAUCUGCACGCACAACAGAGAGGGUGAGGCUAGAGCAGGCCUGCACAACGCAAGGCCCAGGCCCUAACGCUGGCCCGCGGGGACAUUUUUGCUGGCCCGCAGGUAGCCGGCAGCAGCGGGAGCCACAACGAACUUGGCAUUUGUGUGGGGCUGGCACGGGCAGGUGCCCCCACUGACUGAGCAGGGCCAGGGCAUAUUUUCUGGCCGCUCUCCUUGAUUAAGAUUGUGGGUCCCUUGUGUGGGGAGGAAGGCCCACAAAGGACUAGUACUUGCUUUAAUACUUGUGUUUAUAUUGAAUUUUACCGCAAUAAUCGAUGCACCGAAAAUUGCCCCCCCCACACACACACACCUGGCCCACUGGGGCAUUUGAGUUGUGCACCCUUGGACUAGACAGUGCGAAAGAAGUAGAACUGUAACUAUGCACACACACUCUCUCUCUCUCUCUCUCUCUCCCUCCUCUUCCCCCAUGCCAUCUAGUAUAACAACCACUGCUUGUGUUUUCAGACAACCAAAAAUAUAGACCAGGUCUGCUCAACUUUGGCCCUCCUGCAGCUGUUGGCCUACAACUCCCAUAAUCCCUGGCUGUUGGUCACUGUGGCUAGGGAUGAUGGGAGCUGUAGUCCAAAAACAGCUGGAGGGAGGCCGAGUUGAGCAGGCCUGAUAUAGACAAAGAGUGAGGAACACCACAAUCCACCACCAGCAUCGGUUCAGACGUCGUGUGAUACGUUUUCUUCUGAUGCCGGUCUCUGGGUGCCCCACUGCCUGAGGUGAGCGGCAGCUGGGGCAGGGCCUUUUUCGGGUUGGCUCCCCACUUGUGGUAUUCCGCCUGCCCAGGACACGGCUCUGGGCACAGAGUCUGUUACUCUUUUGGUGCCAGCCAAAGACCUUGCUAUUCACGCAGGCCUCUGUUGUGUCUUCGUCUGCUUUUAUUGAUCCAUCGCUGCUGGUUUUCCUCCUCCUCCUCAGCACAGCAGAGUUUUAGCGUUUGGUUGUAACUGUUUUUACCACUCGCUCUUGUGCAGCUCCCAAGAACUUUCAUGUAGGCUGCUGGAGGUAAGAUUUUGGUAGCGAGCAAAAUACUGGAUGUUCAAGUAUGCCAGAUCAGGGAGGGAUCUUCAUUAUUUUUCAAUAUUAAAGGGGCCACUUUGGCAGGCAACAAAAAAACCCAGCGUGAGAACCAUUUCUCACUGGGCUGACCUCCGCCCAGGACUGUGCUAUUCUCAGAGCUGGGAGGGCCCUUUAAGAGAGACAAAGCCCUCUGUUAAGAGCUCUGUGGGGAAAGUAAAGGGAAGGGCUACAUGUUUCAGCACUCUGCACAUGCCUUCCAAGAUGGCACAGGGGCUCAGGUGGGCUCAGUUUCCCUUAGAGGAGCUUCCUGCCUGGGCACAGCACAGCACGAUAGGAAUGGUAGUCCCCGCACGGUGCCAGGGGGCUGUGCAGAGUAUUCCGCUUCGGCUGAAGUUUCACACAGGGCCAACAUAGGAAGCUGCCAUACAGAGUCAGACCACUGGUCCAUCUAGCUCAGUAUUGUCUGCAUAGACUGGCAGCGGCUUCUCCAAGGUUGCAGGCAGGAAUGUCUCAGCCCUAUCUUGGAGAUGCUUCCAGGGAGGGAACAUGGAACCUAGAUGCUCUUCCCGGAGCGGCUCCAUCCCCUGAGGGGAAUAUCUUAGUCUUCACACAUGUAGUCUCCCAUUCAUAUGCAACCAGGGUGGACCCUGCUUAGCAAAGGGGACGUUAUGCUUGCUACCACCAAACCAGCUCUUCUCAGGAAACAAUGAGUCAAGGGGCCACACUUAGAGUUGAUGAGGGCCAUCACUGACCCCACCACCACACACACACCAGGCCUUACAAUGAACAACACUGUGCCAGAGGGAGGGAGGGAGGAAGGGAGAGACGAAGCAGUAGCAGUUCUGUUUCUCUUAUAACAUCCGAUUCCACCCUGCACUUAAAACCUUGGCAUAAAGGCAAACAUAGCAGUUUCACAGGAGCAGAAGUGUUUAGAAAUCCCUUUUGCUGCCUUGAAAACGCACAAAGAGAUGUUUCUGUCCUGGAAAACAAAAGUGCAGGGGGCGGGAAUGGGUGUGGUAAGCGCCUACUGGCUAGCACCUGUGCCGUUUGCAACAUUGUUCCCUUCCACACCCCCACUCUCCUUUUGCAUCUGUUCUGAAAGUGUGUUUGGAUUUUGUUUUGUAAGGUGAAGAGUGAGCAUAUAUGCCUAGAGGCAGCUUUCAAAUAAAACAUAAAUGGCAGGAUGCCUGCCCAAAGCAAAA